GGGGAACUCAAGCGACUCAAGCUCAAGCUAAGGAAGUUCCUGCGCUGGGAAAUGAAUCUACAGUACUGUAUAUCUAGCCUGUGCCUGUGGGCGGAACGCCAUUUGCAUAGGUAGAUACGACACGCCACUUUGGAGACGCGUGCCUCGAGCGACGCUAAGCUCGGGAAGUCACAGCCGUCAGUGCGUUCCGUGUGUGUGGAUGGCGAGAAAAACAAAAGACCAAGGAGCACGUUAGCACAUUGCGCGGUAUACGGUUGCGUACAAGUUGUACAAUGCGACCAGGGAAAUGAGAGUGACCUUUUACCGGUUAAAAAAUACAUAUACCGUUUUUCUUUUAUUUUUUUUCCCAAAUGUUAUUGUAAUGUAUUGACAAAAAAGUCAACCUUACGAAAAACAGAUGACAAUUGAACAAUUUACGACUUAAUUUCAAUGUCCGCGCAUUGCCUUGGAUGGGUACUUCGCCCCCACCAACAUGGCCACCACGGAGUCACGCCGGCUCGAGGGGCUGCUACAGCACGCUAGCUCAUCUAGUGUUCCUAUCUACGUGUGGAACGCUGGGCGAGCCGCGCGGUUACCAUGACGACGAGGCUUUGUUGUACGUCACUACCGGCAGGAGGCGCUUCAGGAGUCUCGGCUUGCUCUCUUUUCGCUCUUUUUGUCGCUCGCGUCGUCUCAUGAAGAGGAAGAAAGCGGUCGGAGUCUCUGCCAGUCGUCACCACGGCCCGUUCGUCGCGCGUCUCAUGUUAGCAUCACAUGCUAACUCGCUCCGCCAGUGCGUGCGUGUGCGUGUGUGGCUGUAAAGCGUGCGCGCGCGGCGCGUGAGGACCAUGUCCGUGUCCGUGAUCAUCAAGUGGGGCGGCCACGAGUACGCCAUCACGUCCCUGUGCGAGGAGGACACCGUCAUGGACCUCAAGCAGUCCAUCAAGGCGCUGACCGGCGUGCUGCCCGAGAGACAGAAGCUGCUCGGGCUCAAGGUCAAAGGGAAAGCGGCGGAGGACCAAGUGAAGUUGGGCUCGCUCAAGCUGAAGCCCAACACCAAGAUCAUGAUGAUGGGCACCAGGGAGGAAGGCCUGGAGGAGGUUUUAGCGCCCCCCCCCGAGAAUGACGACGUGGUCAACGACUUUGACAUCGAGGAGGAGGUCGUCGAAGUGGAGAACAGGGAGGAGAACCUGGCAAAGAUCACUCGGCGCGUCAAAGACUACAAGGUGGAGGAGAUGAACUCCCCGAGGGAAGGGAAAAGACUUCUGGUCCUGGAUGUGGACUACACUUUGUUUGACCACAAGUCGUGCGCAGAAACCGGUCAGGAGCUGAUGAGGCCGUACCUUCACGAGUUCCUGACGUCGGCGUACGAGGAUUACGACAUCGUUAUCUGGUCCGCCACCAGCAUGAAGUGGAUCGACGCCAAAAUGAAGGAGCUGGGUGUGACUGACAACCCCAACUACAAGAUCACGUUCAUGCUGGACAGCGCCGCCAUGAUCACCGUGCACACGCCCAAAAGGGGCGUCGUCGAGGUGAAGCCGCUGGGCGUGAUCUGGGGCAAGUACGAGCGCUUCUACAGCAGGAAGAACACCAUCAUGUUCGACGACAUCGGACGCAACUUCCUCAUGAACCCGCAGAACGGACUCAAGAUCCGGCCCUUCAUGAAGGCGCACAUGAACCGCGAGAAGGACCGCGAGCUCCAGAAGCUGAGCGAGUACCUGAAGGAGAUCGCCACCCUUGACGACUUCACUACGCUCAACCACAAACACUGGGAGAAGUACCUGUCCAAGAGACAGCAACACUGACCACAAAGUACACAAGACCACCACGAAGACAAUAUGACAACGACACACUGGAAGAAUGCAAAUCCUGCAGACAAGCUCCGCCCACUACACACAGACGACCUGCACUGUGUGUGUGUGUGUCCGGUCUCAUGACACAAAGUAUACCGCUGCGCUCACCACCUUGGUACUUCCUGCCACAACACACGCCAACAUGCACGCAGCGACACAAAAAUACAGAAAACACAAUGCAGCAAAUACGACAAGAAGACAAGAAGCGCAAUGCGGCAACACAACUAAGUAACAACACAAACACAACAACAACAAUUCAGCCACAGAAGAAAAAACAACACAACAGCACACACAAUGUAGCAACACGAAACAGCAGCACAUGCAGCAACAACAGAAAACAAAAAUAUGGCCUAUACAAUGCAGCAACACAAGAACAACAACAUAAUGCAGCUAACACAAAAACAAGAAUUGCAAAGGUGCAAAACAUCUUAAAAGGCUUUGAAGAUAUAUCAGUGUGCAUGUUGUCAUGGAAACCGCUGGAGGAACGUGUGUUUAUAUGUGUGUAUAUGUAACUGGUUAGUGGAGCGAUUGUGUUGUUGUUGUUUGGGUGAGGAGGGGAGACUCCAUUUUCAACAACAUUUGGCGUGUGCCAGUAUGACCUGAAUUAAUACAAACUUUUUUUGUACCCAAA